AUGGAGCUAAUGCAGCGCGUCAAGAUCCAGAUGCUAGGGCCUCAUGCGUUUCAGGAGCUCGGAGCAAACCUAAUGUUGGAAACAUAUCGAGGGUUAAUUGUGGGCGACAGGGACUCCAUUCCGUCACGGCUUUUUUUGGAUAAAAGGCUGACUCUUUGGUUUUUGCAGAUUGUGAAUUUCCUCAUAAGGCGAAAGCGCUGCUUUCUUGAGGCUCCUGACUGGAAGACAGUUCCCUGGACCAUCAAGAGAAAGUCGCUAGGCUCGCAGCUCCAGGAUCUUUUCUGCGACAUCCCGGGGCUAAUGGAGGAAGUAGAUCAAGUUAUGCAACGAUCAGCACUAGGCCACGAGAUAGGCCCCAUGAAGGAGGACUUAUUUGAGAAGGCGUCGAUUCUAAUGCAACAAUCAUGCGAGCUCCGGUGGCAGUGGGAGGCUGCUCACGCUAAUGCAUGCAAGGAAGUACCAUCGGCAGAGUAUAGCUCAGGCUCUUCGGGAGGCCAGGGGCCCUCGCCUUUCUCUACUGUUUUUCACUUCCAGACCAUGGAUCGAGCCAUUGAAAUUGCCUUUUUCAACACUAUCCACCUGCUUUUGGACACCCUUUUGGACCCGUUGGGACCUGGGCCAAGGCCAUCUUUCAGCCUGCCACAGCCACCCACGGGGCCUUUUAUGAGCCCUCUACUUCUUCCAGGUCAAGGAAACAUAGAGGAUCAUGCUCUCGAAAUCUGCCGAAUUGUCGACUUCAUGUCGCAUAGCAAGCAUGAUAGUCUGGGCAUGUUUAUGCUCAUGUUUCCUUUGUAUGUGUCACGCUUGUGUUUGGUUCGGCGUCCGGAUGUUUGUGUUUGGAUAACGAAGAUUCUGAACUCAUUAGUCCGCGAGAAGGGUUUCAACAUUGGGGGACAUUUAUCAGAACAGAAGCGGCAUUAG